AUGUCGCCAAUGCCACCUGUUGUGAUGGUUUCGAAUCGGGAGGAGGAUUCUGUGAAUACCGAGCCAUCGAUGAGCGGUCGACAAGUUAUCGGAAUUAUUUAUCCUCCACCAGAUAUCAGAACAAUUGUUGACAAAACAGCAGCAUUUGUUGCCAGAAAUGGAAUUGACUUCGAGAAUAAAAUUAGAGAGAAAGAAGCAGCUAAUUCACGAUUCAGCUUUCUGAGUGCAACGGAUCCGUAUAACGCUUAUUAUCAACACAAAGUUGUAGAAUUUCGGGAAGGGAAAACUACAGAACCGUCGGUUCCGCGACCACAAAUACCAGAAGCAGUAAAGGAACACGUGAAGCAAGUAGAGUUUGUGCCACGAAAUCCUCCACCUCCAUUCGAGUUUGACGCUGAUCCGGCUACAAUAAAUGCAUUUGACUUGGAUUUGAUCAAAUUAACGGCAUUGUUUGUGGCACGUAAUGGACGACAGUUUCUGACUUCACUGAUGAAUCGGGAGUCGAGGAACUAUCAAUUUGAUUUCUUGAAGCCGCAACAUUCAAAUUUCAAUUAUUUUACGAAACUUGUCGAGCAGUAUACGAAGAUCAUUGUUCCUGCAAAAAAUAUUGUGGAAGAUUUAAAAGCUGAGGAAGAUAAUACGAAAAAGAUUCUUGAAAAUGUGAGAUAUAGGGUUGGUUGGGAGAAACAUCAACGAGCGCAGAAGGAGAAGGAGGAUGCUGAGGUUUUCAAUUUCUUAAUCAAAAAAGAAUACUUGGAGAUGAUGCAAUACCGAUUCAUAUACAAGAUUGUUACCAUAUGUUUACUUUUUUAUCGACAGAUUGAGAGAGAACGAAUAGCUUAUGCACAAAUCGAUUGGCAUGAUUUCGUUGUUGUUCAGACUGUCGAUUUCCCUAUCAACGACACAGCAACCUUACCACCAUUCUGUACACCCAAAGAUGUUGGAGCAAGAAUUUUGAUGCAACAACGACAGGAAGCAGCAGCUAAAGCAGCUGCAGAACAAGCGGUAGAGAUGGACGUUGAAUCAGACUCCGAUGAAGAGCACCAAGAAAUUCGCAAUGAAGUUACAAAUGGUGAAAUAGAAAAUGGUAAUGCCGACCACGAGAAGAAAGCUCCAUAUGAAGUGACUCAACCGAUGCCUGCACCGCCAUCGGAAGAUACAGUUGUAAUCAGAGAUUAUGAUCCAAAGAAAUCAAUAAGUGCACGAAAAGCUGCUGAUAAGUGGAUUAUUUCACCUCUUACUGGUGAGCGAAUACCUGCCGAUAAAUUACAGGAGCAUAUGCGUUACAAUACUGUUGAUUCGCAAUAUAAAGAACAACGAGAAAGGGAGUUGUCGGAUCGCAAUGAGGAGGAACCAGUUUAUGCGCCAGGUGCUGAUAUUAGUACAAAUAUUGGUAAGUUUGCAGAACGCCGUACUGAUAUAUUUGGUCAUGGUGCAGAGCAGACGAUUAUUGGUAAGAAACUUGGUGAAGAAGAAGAGGCACCGCGUGGUCCUGAUCCUAAGCUUAUCUGGGAUGGUCAGCAGUCUACAAUCGAUCAAACAACAAAAUUAGCUCAGCAAAGCGUUACAUUGGACCAACAAAUCAAUGAAAUUCAUAAGCAACAUGGAUAUAUUGCUGAUCCAAGCAAGGAAAGAAUAGGACCAGGUGCUAUACCACCUCCUCCAGUUCAAGCAGUUCCACCACCAACUACGACAGUGGUAGCAACAGCGGCAGCUACAACGUCGUCGCCUGUCACUACUGCAGCCAGCAUAACAGCACCAACUGCUGCCGUGCCAAAACCGUCCGUUCCUACUCCACGCCCGCCAGUGCCACCUCCACAGACUACAUCAGCUCCAGUACCACCAACCCAAACCGUUCGGCCACCAGUUAUUCCUCAAAUCCCUAUUCGACCACCACCACCUGGGUUUCCUGCGAUACCUUUUCCAGGUGCACCUAUGCCAAUGCCACCGAUGCCAAUGCCUGUUAUGAGACCACCAAUUGGAGUUCCGAUGAUACCAGUUCCGGUAAUUCCACAAACGCCACUUGCCGUUCGUCCUACUAGUACACCGGUAGCAGCGCAAAUUUCACCUCCUGCAACUUCAUCUGCUCCUGUAGUUGAUACAAAUGCAACUACUAAUACUUCUGUUGGAGAUGGACCUCCGCCUGCGAAAAAGGCUCGAACAGAAGAUGAGCUUGAAAGUGAAGCUGAUUGGCUUACGAAGGUCACCGGGUCAAUCACAGUUACUGUCCAGAUACCGAGCACUGCUCCUAAUCCGGACUGGAAACUUGAUGGGCGACGAUUAAAUGUUUCUUUGGACAUUGCUGCACCGGUUUCUACGCUGAAAAGUUUUGUACAAGAUGAAACUGGAUUACCGUGUUCAAAGCAGAAGUUGUCAUAUGAGGGGUUGUUCUUGAAAGAUGCCUGUACAUUAGCCUAUUACAACAUGAAUACCGGAGCUGUCGUACAAUUAUUAAUCAAGGAGAGAGGUGGUAAGAAGAAGUAA